AUGGGUGAACGGGCAAUACUAGCAGCGAGGAAUAAGGACGUCGAUAGCUUCAAUUUUAACAUUCAGAGUAAAAUUGCUGGAGAAUUGCGUUCGUACAAAUCCGUUGACAGCACGACCGACGAAAACGAAGCGGUCAACUAUCCGACAGAAUUUUUGAACUCGCUUGAUGUGCCAGGAACUCCACCGCAUAAUUUACAGGUAAAAGUGGGAUCGAUCAUUAUUAUGUUGCGGAAUCUAAAUCCUCCUAAAUUGUGCAAUGGUACACGAUUGUCCGUCAAGAAACUGAGGAACAAUGUAAUACAAUCAACGAUCAUCAAGGGCAAAUUCAAACGAGAGGAAGUCCUUAUCCCACGAAUUCCGAUCAUUCCAACAGAUCUUCCAUUUCAGUUUAAGCGGAUUCAGUUUCCCGUUCGAGUGGCUUUUGCGAUGACAAUCAAUAAAUCGCAAGGCCAAUAUCGUUGGAAGUCUGUGGGAUCAAUUUGGAAUUUCCAUGUUUUUCGUAAGGGCAGCUGUACGUUGGCAGUUCGCGUGUUGGCAGACCAUCUUCGUUGUUUAUUUUUGCACCAGAAAACAAAACGAAAAACAUUGUUUAUCAAAAUGCACUCAACUGAUUUCUGUAACAAUUUAUUUACAUGGAAUUCUUGA